AUGGCUAGAAAAUUCGAAACAGCCUUCUUCGCUUUACAGUUUCUCCUUCUGUUCCUCUCUUCGAUUCCCUUCUCCAAUGCCGCGCCUACGCCUCAAUCCCAACCUUCGACCCAAGCGGCCGACUACUGGCUGGCGUCAAUAAAGCGACAGGGCAAAGCGGCCUUUAAUACUGAUGGUAAUUAUCAAAUUUUUCGAAACGUGAAGGAGUUUGGUGCAAAAGGUGAUGGCUCAACCGAUGACACUGAGGCCAUCAACAAGGCCAUCUCUACCGGAAACCGAUGUGGCUUGGGUUGCGACUCGUCCACUGUCACCCCUGCUCUUGUUUACUUCCCUCCAGGCACAUACGUUGUUUCAAAACCCAUUAUCCAGUACUACUACACCCAGUUGGUUGGCGAUGCCGUCAACCUCCCAGUGAUCAAGGCGGCGUCGAACUUUGCCGGCAUCGCGUUGAUCGAUGCUGACCCAUAUACCGACGAAGGCAACAACUGGUACACGAACCAGAACAACUUCUUCCGUCAAAUCCGUAACUUUGUUAUCGAUUUGACCAGUUUGGACAGGGGCACGGGAGCAGGUAUUCAUUGGCAAGUGGCCCAGGCGACUAGUUUGCAGAACAUUCGAUUUGAAAUGGUUCGCGGAGGUGGUGAUGCGAACAAACAAAUAGGUAUUUUCAUGGACAAUGGCUCUGGUGGUUUCAUGACCGACUUAAUCUUCAAUGGUGGGAACUACGGCGCUUUCCUGGGCAAUCAGCAGUUUACUACCAGGAACCUGACCUUCAAUGAAUGCAAUACCGCGAUCUUUAUGAACUGGAACUGGGCAUGGACCUUCAAGUCCGUCACCAUCAACAAUUGUGGCGUAGGCCUGAACAUGUCCAACGGCAUCACCAACCAGACUGUCGGCUCCGUUUUGAUUCUGGACAGCAAGGUGAGCAAAACACCCAAGGGCGUCGUCACCGCAUUCGACAGUGGUGUACCAGCGACCGGUGGGACGUUAAUACUGGAUAACGUUGAGUUUUCCGAAUCCAGCGUCGCCGUAUCUGGGGUGACUGGAGAAACGAUCCUCGAUGGAAAUUCUGUAGUAAAACACUGGGUUCAGGGCCAUGCUUACCUUCCUGGAUCCACCUCUGAUGCCUCCAAAUUGAAGAGGUUUGCUCCCGAGAGCGAACCAGAACCAGCGGAUCGCGUGAAGGUCGUUACAGUUUACGACUGUCCUACUCCACUGCCAGCUGCUACUGAUUCUGGUCCUGUGGAACUCCCUCCGCAAGCUCCAUCCACAGCUGCUCCGUCCGACACCGUUGCUCCGCCAGGACAGAGCCCAAGUUCUCCGCGUCAGCCAGAGUCCUCUGAAGCCUCACCGUCACAGACGACCGUCUCCUCACCGCCAGCCCCCACGCCCUCGCAGUCUGAGACUGAGAGACCUUCCGGAACUUGCGCCAGCACACCAGUUGCGAGGACCCGAGUCCAAUCACAGGUGCCAGGGCCCUCCAAGCCCGCUGUUCUCCUGGACGGGUCCGGCAAGGUUUUUGAACGCGCGAAACCACAGUACGAGAACGUUCCGGCAUCCUCUUUUAUCAGCGUCAAAUCAGCGGGUGCCAAAGGUGAUGGCAAGACUGAUGACACAGAAGCUAUCCAAAAAGUUUUGGACAGCGCAAAGCCAGAUCAAAUUGUUUACUUUGAUCACGGUGCCUAUCUGAUCACUAAUACGGUCAAAGUUCCAAAGAACAUCAAGAUCACCGGUGAGAUCUGGCCGUUAUUGAUGGCCACCGGACCUGCUUUCUCCGAUGAAAAGAACCCCAUUCCCAUGCUUCAGGUCGGCCAGCCAGGCGAUAAAGGUGUUGUCGAAAUUUCCGACUUGAUGCUUGAGACCAAAGGUCCGGCUCCUGGUUGCAUUCUGGUUGAAUGGAAUAUCCAUGAAGAGACACAAGGAUCGGUUGGAAUGUGGGAUGUCCAUCUUAGAGUCGGUGGCUCCGCGGGCACCGAGCUGCAGAGUGACCGCUGCGCCAAGACACCAAAUUCCACCACCACGCCUGACCCUGAAUGCGUCGGUGCCUUCAUGCUGGUCCAUCUUACCGAGUCAGCCUCUGCGUACUUUGAGAACACCUGGUUCUGGGUUUCGGACCAUGAGCUGGAUCGGUCUGACCACGGACAGAUCAACAUCUAUAACGGCAGAGGUGUUCUCAUCGAGAGUCAAGGCCCAGUAUGGAUGUAUGGGACGGCUUCUGAGCACAACACCCUUUACAACUACCAGGUUCAUAAUGCCAAGAAUGUCUACAUGGCUCUGAUCCAGACAGAAACACCAUAUUUCCAAUCCAACCCGGAUGCCCUAGUCCCGUUUGCGCCAAAUGCGAAAUUUAACGACCCAACUUUUGGCGACUGCACAACCGCGACCUGCAAGAAAGCAUGGGGCCUCCGUGUCAUUCAGUCAAGCGACGUCUUCCUUUACGGAGGCGGCUUGUACAGUUUCUUCGAGAACUACGGCCAAGAAUGUCUCCAAACCGAAUCCUGCCAGCUUAACAUGAUCGAGGUCGAGUGUUCUCAGGUCUACCUGUACGCAGUCAGCACAAAAGCGAGUACGAACAUGAUCACAUCUGGCGGCAAGGGUCUGGUGUUGCAGAAGGACAACCGAAACAACUUCUGCUCCACCGUUGCUUUUUUCCACCAGGGACUAUAGGUUGGAGAAUUAUGGGUUAUUUCCCCCUUGCGGAUAAUGUGUAGAUAUUCCUAACCUCCUUCGAUGUAUGUAUGUUUUAAAAUAUGAGACUCCAUGAUAACACUU